ACACCCAUAUCCAGAAUGGCCAAUUCAAUCAAAACAGCAAGAGCUCUUCUAAACAUUCUCCUCGUGUCUGGCCUCAUGGCCGGAUUCUCGCCGGCACACGUCUUCGGUCAAGAUUCUGUGCUGUUGACCUGUGUUGCAGCCAGUACGGGUAUUGCGGUUCCGCAGAUGAAGGAUGUGGUGACGGAUAGCUUCUUUAAUUCAAUAAUUGGCCAGGCCGCCGCAAGUUGCGCGGGGAAGAGCUUCUACACUAGGCAAGCUUUCCUCAAUGCUGCCGGUGAUUACCCCGAAUUCGGCACAGUCGGGUCCCCCGAUGACUCUAAGCGCGAGAUUGCUUCUUUCUUCGCUCAUGUUACGCACGAGACUGGACAUUUUUGCUACAUUGAAGAGAUAGAUGGUCCCUCGAAAGAUUACUGUGACGAAACGAACACCCAAUAUCCAUGCAACCCCAACAAAGGCUACUAUGGUCGUGGUCCCCUCCAAAUAUCCUGGAACUACAACUACGGACCCGCGGGACAAAGCAUCGGGAUCGACGGCCUCAACUCUCCCGAAACCGUGGCCAACGACGUGGUUGUGUCUUUUAAAACCGCCUUCUGGUUUUGGAUGAACAACAUCCACUCCGUUAUUACUUCCGGUCAAGGCUUCGGCGCGACGAUUCGAGCCAUUAACGGAGGAGAGUGCAGCGGCGGAAACUCGGGUGCCGUCCAAGCUCGGGUCAAGUAUUACACUGAUUAUUGUAACCAAUUUGGCGUCUCUCCCGGAAGUAAUCUGACCUGUUAGAGAGCAUAGAAAACCAGUCUCUUUUAUGGCAUUAUAGCCAAUCUCGGUUAGACCCAUAACCAUACUCGAUUACCAAUAAUGUACGCCUCUUAGUAAUGGAUCUGAGAAAUAAAAGGAAUAUCAG